CCGGCACCGGCUCCUGCCUUGGAACCGGCCCCGGAGCCGCUCCCAGAAACGGCCGCCCCCGCCACAGCCGCGCUCUACGUGCAUGUGAGCGGGGACACGGGAGGGAGCCCGGGGCUUGUGUAUGUGCGGGGCUGCACGAAGAGUCACGGGCUUGCACACGUGGGGACACGCGUGGGUCCCGGGGCUUGUGCACCUGGAGGGGCACGGGGCUGGCACAGGUGGAAGGUGAACGUGGCUCCUUGGGACUCGCAUACACGUGGGUGUAUGUGGGACCCCGGGGUUUGCACACGCUGGGGGGAGCCCAGCCUCGUACGUGUCAUGGGGCUAACCUGAGCUGAAGGGUCACAUCUGUGUGCCUUGUGGGGCAGGUGGGGGGGCACUGGGGUCCGUGCACUGGGCUGGGGCUGUUUCCCCUCAAAGUGGAGUGGCUAGGGGUGAGGGUAUGGCCGUGCCCACACGCCCCGUGCCCGCAGUGGCCCUACUGCCGCAAGCGCUGCUCCUACUGCAACUUCAACACGUACGUGGUGCCGGCGGUGGACGAGGCGGCUGUGCGCGCUUGUCUGGUGCGGGAGGCACGGACCCUGCUGUGCCUCGGCCAGGUGCACAGGUGAGAGGGGCUCUCCCCACCGCAGUGCCCGCAGCCCCCCGUGGCCCCAGUGUCACCACGCUCCCUCUGCAGUCGCUGGAUGAUGCCGAGCUGAGGAUGCUGGGCCGGGAGCACACAGCGGCAGAGGCACGGAAGGCUGUGGAAGCAGCGCGGGGGCUCUUCCCUGGCCGAACCUCCAUCGACCUCCUGUUUGGGCUGCCGGGACAGAGCCAGGAUGCCUGGACCCAGAGGCUGGAGGCAGCCUUGGGGCUUUGUGACGACCACAUCUCCCUGUACCAGCUGACGCUGGAGCGGGGCACGGUGCUGGCAGCACAGGUCCAGAGGGGAGCCCUGCCUGCAUCCCCACAGGAUCUGCUGGCUGACAUGUACCAGGCUGCCCGCACUGCGCUGGUGGGCGCCGGCUUCCGCCACUAUGAGGUCUCAAAUUUUGCACGGAAGGGCACCCUCAGCACCCACAACCUCUCAUACUGGCGGGGUGACCAGUACAUCGGUGUGGGGCCAGGGGCACAUGGGCGCUUUGUGCUGCGAGGUGAAGGUGGCUGUAGCCGGGAAGCUCGUGUCCAGACCCUGGAGCCUGUCACCUGGAUGCAGGAGGUGCAGAGCCGGGGACACGGCACCAGGAGUCGGGUGGUGCUGAGCCUACUGGAGCAGCUGGAGGAGCUGCUCACCCUGGGACUGCGCACGGAUGAAGGCAUCACACAGGAGCGCUGGGGGCACUUCUCCCCCCAGCUCAGCCUGCAGGCCGUGUUUGGGGAGCCAGGGGAGGCUCAGGCACUUCAGCAGGAGGGCUGGCUUGUCCUGGACAGCAGGGGGCUGCGGUGCACCUGGGCUGGCCUGGCCGUGCUGGACUCGCUGCUGCCUGACCUGCUCUGGCAGCUGCAGCGGGUGCUGGGCGCUGCCCGGCGCACACCGAGGGGGACCCUGGCAGAAGAACGAGCUGGUGGCCGGGAUAUGAGGGCUUCUCCUCUCCCCUCACGCUUGGAUUGUUGACAGUUGAUGGCCUGAGGGCGGGCUUGUUCCGCGCAGGCGCGGCAACAGCUGAGCUCCAAUCAAGGUGCGCUAAAGCAGUCUCCACCAAUGGGAGGCCAAGAAGAGUUGAUUGACAGGCGCUGGGCGGGGCCAGGGUUACCUGUGCACCCCCCCCAAAAAGGUGGAGCAGCCAUUUUGUGAGUGAGCACGUGGCAGACGGUCACGUGGUCUCGGUGCCGUCUCGUUCCUUAUUCAGUUCUUGUAUUUUGUUAUGGUUUAAUAAACCUUUGGAAUUUCAAAAGUCA